UGCAGAUGAGGAGCUGUGUAUUAAUAGGAGGGUUUAUGUGUCCUGAGUUGCUUUACUCGGGGAGACGGACACGGGGGGCUUGAGGCGAGUCGCCUCAGUCUAGCACGCAGCACACACACACAGCUCUCUGUUCAUGUGCUAGUGUCGUCAGCCGCACAACCAUGGAGGUGUUGGAUAUCCUAAACCUGGGCGAAAUUGCCCACUAUUUUUCAAAAAUGGCCAUGUUUCCAGUUUUCGAUCUCGCCUAUUACAUCGUGUCCAUACUCUACCUCAAGUAUGAACCAGGCUCAGUGGAGGUGUCCCGCAAAAGCCCUGUGGCCUCCUGGCUCUGUGCAAUGCUCUACUGUUUUGGGAGCUACAUCCUUGCAGACAUCAUGCUUGGACACAGCCCCAUCGACUAUUUCCAUAAUAACAGCCACAUCCUCCUGGCCUCAGCUGUCUGGUAUCUCAUCUUCUUCUGUCCCUUUAACUUGUUCUACAAAUGCGUCGCAUUCCUGCCCAUCAAGCUGGUGCUGGUGGCCAUGAAAGAAGUCGUCCGUACUCGCAAAAUCGUUGCUGGAGUCCACCACGCGCACCAUGCCUAUCACCAUGGCUGGUUCAUCAUGGUUAUUACUGGCUAUGUCAAGGGGUCAGGAGUAGCUCUCAUGUCAAAUUUCGAGCAACUGCUGCGUGGAGUGUGGAGGCCAGAGACCAAUGAAAUUCUCAGCAUGUCAUUCCCUACCAAAGCCAGUCUGUAUGGAGCCAUUCUGUUUACACUCCAGGAGGCACAUUGGCUUCCUGUGUCCAAGAGCACCCUCAUCUGCAUCUUCACUCUGUUCAUGGCUACUUUCAAGGUGGUUAUGACCGCUCGCCACUCUCACGGCUCUCCUUUCGCUCUGAUUGAGUCCUGGCUGUGCCAUCUUCUGUUCGGCUCUCCUCUCGGUGGUGAAGAAGCCCAUGACCAUCAUCAUGCUGCUCCAGCAGCUACCGCUGCCCCUGCCUCACCAGCCAAAACCAAGGAGGAACUGAGUGAAGGCACUCGCAAGAGGAAGACCAAGAAAGCAGAGUAGACACCCGACCGCUUCUUAGAAGGCUAACAAAAAAAAUCCUCCAGCCGACUACUGGCGUCUCAAGUCCCCUCUCAGGCCGUUUUUUGAUACAGAGGUUUUCAUUUGUCAGCGGAAAAGGGGAGGAGUCUCAGGAGCCUGAUGUUAACCAAUGCAAGUUUCAUUUUUUAAUGGUGCUGUAAAUGACAGAUGCUACAAAGGGACUCUGUAAAUAGCUCACCAACGCUUCUCAUCUCUCUUAUGAAUAUACAAUAAGUGUAUGUCUAUUUAUUGUGUACAUUGCUUUUCAUCAGUGGAGCUCCAUUCUCCUAUCACCAAAAGCAUGUGGUGAUCUGCGCUAUGGACACUGGAUUUUUAAGCCCAAUGAAAGGUGAAUCUGUCCAAACACAUUUAGAUGCAGGAAUCGACAUUUUAGGCAGCAGAAAAAAACGAAUGAACCGCCAAAGUAACUACCUUAAAUUUACUGUACAUGGCUGCUUUGUAUGUCAUAUUUCAUUUGACAGUACAGUAUUUUCAAAAAUAAAUCUAUUUUCCAAUCAGAA